GAAUUGCGCCGAAAAAAUUGUUCACGGAAAUUUUCAAAUUGUAUUUAAAAAAAAAAUAUGAUGGGAAUUAAAAGUCAAAGGUUCAUAAUUUUCUCACUAUUGAUAUUCGUCUCCGUAUUGAAGUCAACUGAAGAAUGUCAGACAAGUGCACCAGCCAUUGACAGAUUUGAUGAAUGGGAAAAUGACGCGCCGAUCACAGACUCAGUUAUUAAAAAUUCAGUUGCUCUGACUUCGACACUAAGUCGUGCAAAAAACCAUAACAGGCAGCAUAAUUUACAACUUUUCAAUACUUUAUCCUGCAAAGGAAUUUUUAACAACGACGCCAUGACAAUAUUGACUUCUAUGUGUGAUCACUGUUAUGAAGUCGACCCAAAAAUGGAAACUGUCCAGUACUACUGCGUGCGGGAUUGUUUUACCACAAACCGAUUCGAACUCUGCAGACAAUUUCAUGCCGAUACAUCAGAUGAAUUCCGAAACAUCGUACACGAGACCAACUUAAUUAUUGAAGAAUUAAGUGGAGUUAAAAUGACUGAAGAUUCGAAUAUUGAAAAGUGAAAAAAAAAAAAUAAAUAAAAUUUUGAGAUGUUAUUUUUUUUGUAACUGUUAUAAAAUUUUCUCUGGAAUGAGU